AUGACCGAAAUAGUUUCGCGUCGAAUCUCGAUUCACGAGGCAAUUGGUGAAAACAAGAGGACUACUUGCGUUCGCCUUAUCGGUGGCACGGCCAUCGAUGCGAAGGAGGUCAUUCUGUCGGCAGGACUUCGGUCUCCCCAGCUCCUCCAACUGUCUGGGAUUGGCGACCCUGAGGAACUCAAAGACGCUGGAAUCGAGCCUCGUGAUGAUAUGCUCGACGUUGGCAAGGGUCUCUCAGAUCAUUUGUCCUUCUUUCAGCACUGGCGUAGCCUGACCUUUCGGCAAAGUAUAUACUGA